GCUGCCUCAUUUAAUCUUCAUGACACCCAUCGGAUGCACAUACUAUUACCAGCCCCAGUUUUGAGGUUCAUAAGGGAGAAAUACCUUGUCCAAGGUUGUGCUUGGCUAGUAAGUGGUAGAGUUAGGAUUUGCACCCCGGCAGUGAGAUGUCAGAGCUCAUGCUUAUAACACCACCGUCCACCUCUUUCCAGCCUCCUGAGCCUGGCUGGCCUCACCCGCAGUCUGUGCUCAGUUCUAGGGCUCUGAAGGCCACGGGCAUGAUGCUUCGGGUUCUGGUGGGGGCUGUCCUCCCCACCAUGCUGCUGGCUGCUCCACCGCCCAUCAACAAGCUGGCACUGUUUCCGGACAAGAGUGCCUGGUGCGAGGCCAAGAACAUCACCCAGAUCGUGGGCCACAGCGGCUGUGAGGCCAAGUCUAUCCAGAACAGAGCGUGCCUAGGACAGUGCUUCAGCUACAGUGUUCCCAACACCUUCCCACAGUCUACAGAGUCCCUGGUGCACUGCGACUCCUGCAUGCCAGCCCAGUCCAUGUGGGAGAUUGUGACGCUGGAGUGCCCCGGCCACGAGGAGGUGCCCAGGGUGGACAAGCUGGUGGAGAAGAUCGUGCACUGCAGCUGCCAGGCGUGCGGCAAGGAGCCGAGUCACGAGGGGCUGAGUGUCUACGUGCAGGGCGAGGAUGGCCCGGGCUCCCAGCCGGGUACCCAUCCCCACCCCCAUCCUCACCCCCACCCUGGCGGGCAGACCCCUGAGCCCGAGGAACCCCCUGGGGCCCCCCACACCGAGGAAGAGGGGGCUGAGGACUGAGGCCCUCGACUCUUCCUCCCCUCUCGUCCCCCGUGGAAUGCUGGGGGAAGCGUGUGGGGAGAGGCUGGAGCCCCCCUUUGGCACUGGAUGGACUUGGAUUCAGACUUGGACUUGGAAUGCUUCCCGGUUGCCAUGGAGAUCUGAAGGGAGGGGUUGGAGCCAAGCUGCACAAUUAAUAUAUUCAAAAGUCGGGGGAGGAAGCCGAGGUCUUCAGGGUUCUUUUUUGGAGGGGGGGUUCUAUUCCUUUCUGCCUCCUAGAGAUGUGCCCUUUGGAGGGGAAGGAAGUUGGCUAAGCUGCUGAGGUAAGGGUGAGGCCAUCCAAGAUGGCAGGAGCCAGGCCAAGGCCCAUGCAGCCUCUGGUGGGGCAGGGCCCCUGGUACAGUGGUAGAGCUGGGCCCUGAGCUGAGGGUGGGCACCUUGCCAGAAGUGGCCCUGAGGGAGGGCUGGGUCCGGGCUAGGAAGACCACUGGCCGAGGCAGGGAGCUCCAGCCCCACAGGCCUCUCCAAAGACUUCCCACCCCAUGCCCAUGCCCAUGCCCAUGCCCAGGGCAGCUUCUCCCGGUGGCACUGAAGAGGCCCUCCCUCCAUGCUUGGGAGUCAGGCCUGGGCAGGACCCUGCUGACUCAUGGCCCUGGAGCCAGGGGCCAGGCUCUUUGGGCCUCUGGCUUUUUGGCUUUCCAGGGAGGGAGGCAAGGAGGAGUCUUCCUAGGCCAGGGGGUGGGAACGAACCCCCCCACCCCGGACCAUCACCUAGAAGAGCCUCCCUCCCUCUUCUCAAAUCUUAGUGCCUCCCACUGCCCCCGAAGUUCUAGGCCCCUCAGAAAGCAUAUGGAGCCAGCCUCACCCUGCUUUGGGAACUCUAAAUAUCUGAUGGUGGGGAGGAGUCUCCCUUACUCAGAUUCCAAGGAGGGACCUGGGUGGGAUGGAUUCCACCUGAGCCUCAAGAAAGGAAGAGGUAGUGAAGGCUCCUGUGGGUGGGGUGUUCACUGUGGCUCUCUAGCUGCCCAAUCCCACCGGCCUGCCCCCUCCCACUGCACUUUAACCCUAGAGGGGGUGCGGGACCCGGACUGGGGCCCUGGGGCUGGGCAGAUGGGCAGGAAGAACUGCCUGUGUCCACUAGUCUGUGCCCAUGGCUUCCAGCACCGCCGGCCCCCUGCCUGGGGGUGCCCCGCCCCUCACGGCUGUUCUGACAAGAGCUUCUGGAGCUUGUAACCAGUAGAUUGUCUCCCUGCCGGACCCUGAGUGUUCUCAUGAAUAAAUUCGUUGAAAGCCUG